UCCGUAUGAGUUGGAUUAUGCAUGGAGAUGGGAAUGUCACGCAAUAAUUAUGGCGGAGGAUCACAAUUUUUACAUCGAGCUUUCUACAAAUCCAGUGCGAUUUGAACCGAUCAGCAAAGCUACCAAUGUCUUUUACGAUGAAGUCAAACGUCAGGUAUUUGCAGUCCGCUCAGGAGGAGCUCUCGGUGUGGUGGUCCGAGGUCCAGAUGAUAGAACAAGCACAUCCUUCAGAAUGGAAGACAAAGGCCCGGUUAUCUCCAUCAAGUUUUCCUACGAUCUGAAAAUUCUUGCUGUCCAGAGGUCACAAAAAACUGUGGAGUUUAUCAACUUUCACAGUGGGGGAGACACGUCUGAAUAUUCUCAAAGCUGUAAGGGCAAGAAUACUAAGAUAAUUGGCUUCAAUUGGACCAAUAUCAACGAGGUAGUGUUUAUCACAGACCAUGGAUUGGAACUCUACCAAGUCAUCCCUGAGAAGAAGUCUCUCAAGUCACUCAAGAAUAUCAACAUCUCCGUCAACUGGUUUGUCUUCCUUGCUGAUAACUCGUUACUUCUUUUGUCAUCUUCACCUCUGGGAAAUGUUCUUAAUCCAUUCCAUUUCAAGGCUGGUAAUGUCUUAAAGAUGGCCAAAUUUGAAAUAGACUUGCCACAAGUCCCUAAGCCGCCCAAGCUGUGUCUGCUGGAACGAGAUGUCACAAUAGCAAAUCUGUAUAGCCAUUUGUACAUCGUUGUCCUUCGUCAUCAAGUCAGAGGACCAAGCAGUAAAGGAGCUGAGAUUGUCCUCUACCAACUACAAAAGGAAUCUCCAGCCAAAAGGACGGAUGUUCUACGACUGAACAUGACUGGCCGCUUUGCUGUCAACGUUGUUGAUAAUUUGGUCGUUGUUCACCACCAAGCCUCAAAGACUUCAAUGAUUUUUGACAUCCGGUUACCGGCGCCCGAGACAGACGGUUAUGUGAAUUACCACUAUCCAGUAUUAGCUCCAUUGCCCAUCAGGCCCAUCAAGCUAAGGGUGGCUGGAAUUCCUACACAGACUGGACUAGAGAUGAGAGAAGUCGGCAUUGAACUCUAUUCGCCCAACUGGGUAGUAUUCCAGCCCAAUACAGUGAUUGACGCCCGGUUGGGUUGCUUGUGGCAUGUCCAUCUGAGGCUUGAACCUCUGGUGACAAUGAUCCCAGACAAGUGUCGUCUGAUUGACUUUUUGUUGUUAAGGAGAGAGAGUAAGAAGGUCAUAUUAUCUGUCUGCAAGCAAGUGUUAUUACCAGGUCAGCAGUGCAGUUUGUCUAUCAUAGCCAGGAUGUUUGAUAAGCUCAACCAGGUAUACAGGACAUUCCUGGAGGAGGAGCAGUCGUCAACUCAGAAUUUCGAGGGUGGAGCUGUACCCAAAGCAGUUGCUGGUUCCGCUAGACAGCCCUUCACCAGGAAGAUUGUGAUCGAUCAAUCUGACAUGUACACCCAUGUCCUGACGCCAGUAGCAGAGAGGAAAGAUAUUAAGUACAAGUUUGUGGUCGCUGUGCUGGUGGAAUACAUCCGGUCACUCAAUCAUUUUCAGAUUCCAGUUCAGCAUUUCUUGUAUGAGUUGGUAAUCAACACAUUAGUUCACCAUAACUGCUUCUACCAGCUGCAUCAAUUCCUUCAGUACCAUGUCUUGAGUGAUUCUAAGCCUAUUGCUUGCCUGCUCCUUUCCCUCGAGAGCUGCUACCCACCGGCCCAUCAACUGGCUCUAGACAUGCUUAAGAGAGUAUCUACAGCCAAUGAAGAGAUCAUUGAGGUGUUGCUCUCCAAGAAUCAACUCUUAGCAGCUCUGAGAUUCCUGCGUAGUGUAGGAGGAGCAGAUAAUGCCUCGGCCAGGAAGUUUCUGGAUGCGGCAAUGAGCACAGGGGACAACAUGCUCUUCUACACAGUCUUCAAAUUCUUUGAGCAGAGGAACAUUAGGCUCAGGAGUAAUCCACAGUUUGUGCAAGGUGAACAUUGCGAGCAGUACGUUAAACACUUUGAAGCCACAUUUGGGUCUGAAUCCCUAGCACCCAUCCCCUGACAAUCCAUAUACAGAUACUAGUGUAGCUGGAAGUGUUUGCGUCCGUCGCCAGACUCAUCUGUGCAGGGGUUGUGUAUCUGCAGCUUGAACAAGAAGGAUAACAGGGCCCAAUUUCAUAGAGCUGCUAAGCACACAAAUUUGCUUAAUGUGAAAUUUCUUC